ACUGGGGCUUGGUUAUUGUUCUUCAAGGUAAAGAAGAGAGAAAAUGGCUCCCAUUCGCGGCGGUGAUGGCAAUCGGAGUGGGUCCAGACGCCGAAGGCUGAGGAAGCGAUAUUCGUCGGAAUUGAGUGGGUCUUGUUCGGAUUCAGAAAGCAAAGGGAAGAUAGAGGAGGUCACGGAGGAUGAUGAUUAUCAUGAUAUCCCCUUAUGUCUGUCAUCAGAUGAGGAGGAGAACGGCGGUUACCGCAAAAUGACCAAAGCCGAGAUUCAGAUGUACAAUAAACAGGUCCUGGAGAUCGGGGGGUUUGAUGUCUAUGUUCCCCCCGGUGUGAUCAGUUGUGGUUUAAUUUACCCCCAGCCGAACUUUGACAAGUGUCCCCAGUUGUUUAACAAGGUCAAACGUUGCUCGAGGAAGGCCAUUAAAGUCUAUAACCAAAAACAUGGUCCACUAUACCUCUCCCUAGUCAGCAAUUGCCUAGGUAAGUUGGUAUGUGGAAUUACCCUCUUGCCCUCUUCAAAGUUAGGCUCUACAAUGUUUGAUGGUUAUAGGCAUCAUAUUACCUUUGAGGCCAAGGCUGAGGGUGCUGCUCCUAUGUGCUUCCAAGCUGAAGUUCACGCGGGAUUCGGUAAGCAUGACAUAAAUGUUAUCAUGUGCUGUCCUAAACCAAAACCUUGAUUAACCACAGGUACAUUUUCUUCUGAACUAAAUGUUUCAUUUUUCAUUAUGUUUCAUCAAAUAGAUUUAAUACCAGUUGAUUGAAUUACUUAAUCCUGAGAUAUUCUGUUUGUACCGAUGCUUCUUUUCUUGAUUUAAUACCAGUUGAUUGAAUUACUUAAUCCUGAUUGAACUUUCCACAGGGAAGUUGGUGAGAACUCCACUGGAAUUACCGAGGAAAUACAGAAGUGCAAAGACAAUGCUCUUGAGAAUAAGAAAAAUCUAGAGGAAUAGAAGGAAAAUUUUCAGAAAGCCGCAUUCACUGUCUUAGACACAGAGUUUUCAGAGGCGAAAGCACAAGGUGAGGCGCUUGACCCCCCAUGGGGCGAGGCGUACGCCCCGAGACAUUGAGGCGUUGUUUUUCGACCUGAUAAAGACAAGAAGACAUUUUAUUUUGGCUAUAUAAUCUUGAAGUCAUUUCCACCUCGGCGUGUCAUGUCACCUGUUUGAGACUUCUUUUCAAACAGGUCUAGUAUGAUCGUCUUGCGAUUUCCUUAUUCUUUUGCAAUAGCCAACAUGUGUUCUUUCACAAGAGCAGUAUUUAUCCUACAAGACUGAUGUGUUGAUUUUCCACUCGGUGAUUCAUUGCAGAAGUUCAUUAACUAAGUUCUUAUACUUGGUCAAUUGUGCAUCUUCCAUUAUUGUUUUCGUGUUCUAAAACUUGUGCAUUUGGAUAAGCAGAAACUUGUCAAAUAGACCUUCAUGUCGCUGAAAAAAGGAA